AAAUUAAUUUUAAAUUUGAAUACAAGCAACAAUUUAAAACUAGUAGUAAAUACAAAUAUUAUUGUUAAUCGUUAUUGUGUUGAAAAAUUAAUUAAAAAAAUACUUUCAUUGUUUUGUCAUUUGAUAUGAAAACAUCUUCAAUAAGAAAAUAAUAAAAACAAAAUGCAAUCUUCGCCAAGUUUCGCAACAAUACAACCAAGAAAACUAACAUUUGGCUCGCCACCAUUUCAAACAUUUAAAAAGGCUCCUUCUCUACGUGGUGGUGGUGGCAAUGAAUUGCCUACUACUGAAGCCACUAAACCUGUACAAGAAAACUCCCUAUCACCCCCUUACCGAAAGGUUAGGGCCUUAAGAUUAUUCGAUACUCCGGCAACUCCAAAAACUAUAAUACAAAAAUCAUCAGUUAAAAGUUUCAACCAUUUGACUAAUGCUGACGGUCAAGGCCUAACAGAACGAAAAACAUGCAAUAAUACAGAAAUCAAAAACUCAUGCCCAUUGGAAAAGCCGAAACCGGUUCCAUUGCAUAAUCGGGUUUUAGACAAUUCAAUGCAAUCAGCUAAUGUGAAUCCAUUUACUCCAAACAGUUUAUUGGCACAAAACAAAAAACGAUGUCGUACACAAUUUGGUCGAGAGAACCAGAAAACUACAUCUCUCAUUUCGUUCCUAAAUUCCGAUUUUGCAUCAAUCGACUUACUCGAAGAUAAUGCAGCUGACUUUUUGCAAGCUCCGAAGCGUUUGGCCCUUCAAGACACUAAUAUAAGUCGAUAUAAAAAGGAAUUUCUUGAAAUCUCAUUGAUAGGCGUUGGUGAGUUCGGUCUGGUUUACCAAUGUCUUAAUCGACUUGAUGGAUGUAUAUAUGCCAUUAAAAAAAGUAUUAAACCUGUUGCUGGAAGCUCAUUUGAAAAAAGAGCACUUAACGAAGUUUGGGCUCAUGCAGUGCUUGGCAAACAUGACAACGUUGUGAGAUACUACUCUGCUUGGGCGGAAGACAAUCACAUGCUUAUUCAAAAUGAAUUUUGCAAUGGCGGAUCUCUACAGUCGUUUAUACAAAAACGAUUUCUAAAUGAACCAGAACUCAAAACAUUACUUUUACAUGUAUCCGAGGGUCUCAAGUACAUUCAUUCGAAUGACUUAGUUCACAUGGAUUUAAAAGCAGGAAAUAUAUUUUUGACAAAAGUUACAACAAAGUGCUUGCCAGUGAUAUCGGAUAGUUCAUAUGAAGAAGAUAUUGAUGGAAUUUACGAUGAACUUGAUAGUACAGAAUGCAUUAUUACGUAUAAAAUAGGUGAUUUGGGGCAUGUGACUUCAGUCAAAGAAGCACAUGUCGAAGAGGGCGAUUGCAGAUAUCUACCGAAUGAAAUUUUGCAAGAAGAUUAUAGUCAUUUGUUCAAGGCGGAUAUAUUUUCUCUGGGUAUUACAUUGUAUGAGGCAGCUGGAGGUGGUCCCCUACCGAAGAAUGGACCAGAUUGGCAUAAAUUGAGAAAUGGUAACAUUCCUGAUGUUCCAACUUUGAGUAGGGAAUUCAAUGAUCUUAUCAAAUUGAUGACUCAUCCUGAUCCCGAGAAAAGGCCCUCUUCAACAUCUAUAUUUAAUCAUCCGAUUCUCUGCUCUCUAGAAUUCAAAUCAAAAUCUCAACUUACACAGGAACUAGCUAUUGAAAGGCGAAAAAAUGAGAUUUUAUUGAAAAAAUUGAAAGAAGCAAGAAAGCUGUUGAACAAAUAUGAACAUUCCGGACGAACAAAUUAUGAUGACAUUAAACAUUCCCCUUCAUCUGGUCGAUGUUUGCGUUCCUAUGUGCGUAAAAGAAGAAAAUCUUGCAUGUCGAAAAUGGAAGAACAUUAAGCGAGGAGCAACAGGAACACACUAACAUGGCAGAAUUAAAACUGUAGCUUUAACUGUACAUAAAUAAAUAAAAAUAUUUACUUCAUAUCUACAUACAUAUAUAUAAUAUUUGAUUAAGAAAUGGAACAUUUAAACUUUUUAUAUUGUUUUCUAUUUUUAAUUCGUAAGAACAAACCAAUAAUGGAUGCAGUUAAGUUUUUUUUUCCAAAAACAUUCAUUUCGAAAAUAAAAAAAAUUACUUUUUACCUAUGAGUUAA